UUAGGUCACAGGAAAUGCGCAAUAAUGCUAUAGUAGCUUUUAUUUUCAAGCUAGCGGCUAAUCUACAACACUAUUCGUUAUUAGUCGUUCCAUAACGUUUUAAAUUUGGUGCUUUUUAAAGUUCAUUUUCUAACGUUGGGUCCAAACUCUUAUUAAAAUGGGGGGCGGAGAUCUGAAUUUGAAAAAGAGCUGGCAUCCCCAGACUAUGAAAAACAUUGAGCGUGUUUGGAAAGCAGAGCAGAAACAUGACGCUGAACGUAAGAAGAUCGAAGAGCUGCAGAAGCAACUCAAAGAGGAACGAGCCAGAGAAGAAAUUACCAAAUAUGCAGAAGAAUCUGGGGCCAUCAAAAAGAAAGAUGAUCGUCUAGACUGGAUGUAUCAGGGACCUGUUGGUCAGGUGUCCAGAGAUGAGUAUCUACUUGGGCGCCCAAUUGACAAACAGAUCACCGACCAAUACGAGGAGCAGGAAAGUGGCCCAUCAUCAGAGACUGGCUUACUACCAGGAUCCAUUUUCAACCCUGUCACACCUGCCUCCAACCUUGACCUAGCUGCAAAGAUCAGGGAAGAUCCUCUUUUUGAAAUUAGAAAACUAGAAGAAGCAAAGAAGAAGGAAGUCUUGACUAAUCCUGUAAAGAUGAAGAGGAUCAAAGAAAUGCUGCGCCAGAAUCUUGAAAAGAAAGACAAGAAAAAAAAGAGGAAGAAAGAAAAGAAAGACAAAGAGAGAAGCAGAGAGAAGAAACAUAAAAAGAUCCUGAGUUCAGAUGAGGAAGAUGAGAGAAAACACAAGUUACCGUCACAGGAUGUUUUUUCAACAGAAGCCAGGUCUCGUUCUCAUCAUCCCUCUGGCUACGGCCUACAGCUACCAGGUGUUCGACAUCACUGGUCCUCUUCAACUCACUCCAGCCACUCAAGGCACCGAGAAAGGAGUCGCACUAGAUCCAGAUCUCGAUCCCCCCGCAGGAACCACAGACUCAAUCACCAUUCCUCUUCCGCUGGGCACAGAUAUGAGAGGAAGACUGAGACCAAAGCCACCAGUUUGGAGCCAAGGCAUAAACCGAGACAGACAAAUAAUGUGUCAAAAAAGCUCUCUGCAGAAGAACUGGAGCGAAGGAGACGGGAGAUGAUGGAUGAGGCCAAGCAGAGGGAUGAAGAUAGGGAGAACAAUGUGAAGCGGUACAAGAAGCAAGAUGAGCAGGAGAGGCAGAGGGAACAGAACACCAAGCACGAGCCACAUGCUGGAUUUAUUCAUGACAUGAAGUUGCAAAGUGCUUCCAGCUCUUCCUUGGAGGACAGGGUGAAGAGGAAAAUCCACUCCAUUCAGAGAACACCAGCUGCUCUGGACAACUUUAUGAAGAGAUGAGAACAGGAGAUAUUUACUACCAUGUGGGAAAAAAAAUGUACAACCUUUCCUGAUCCGAUUAAGGCUCUAACUAGACAGUGUCAUACAACUGUCGCCAUUUCAGUCAUGGAAACUUGUCUUGCCUCCUAUUUGUUGUAACCAUCUCUGUCUGUGCGUGAGCAUUCCUCAAAUGUUGAGGUAUUGAUGAUGAUGUAACAUAUGACCUCUAAGAAAUGUUUUAGAUACCUGUUGUCACUGUGAGUCAAUUUAAUUGACUCAUUUAAUUAUCUUAAUAAAAUUGUUUUCCCUUUUCAAUUAAAAGAAAUAUGCACAAGCACUCUUCAGGCAA